AUGACGACGAGGAAGGCGGGUGUGGCGACGGCCAGCGGGGCGAGAGAGCGAUCGCGGGUUCAGACGACGAGGGCGACGGAGGAGGACUUGGGUGGCGGAAGCGACGGGCCGAGUCCGAUGGAGCUGUCGGCGGAGGCCCAGAUGCAGAUCAUCGAGCAGACCGGGAUCCUCGCCCGGAUCCCUCGGCGUCGGCCGGAAGAGCCCCAGCGUCGGGCGGCCAAACCGGCCCCCCUGGUCCAGUUCUCAACCCUCGAACUCGACAGCUUCGCUAAGAGCCUCAAAACCCCAACGAUCAACAACCCCCAUCCCUCCCACGAGCAUGAGGAAGAGCUGCAGGACGACGAGGACGACCAAGAAACCGUCCGCAACCCCAGCCGCGACCGGCCGUCUACCAACGACCAGCAAGACUCCUUGCCCCUCUGGGUCGACCGGGCUUUCGACACCUUCCUUUGGUCGAUCCCGUUCAUGACGGUCUUUGUCUGUCUGGACGUGGCGAUCCAUGCCCAAUAUGGCCAACCGGUGACCAUCAGGAGCGAGCUAGGCAGGAUGGCCAACGUCUACCCCAGUGCGCUCUUCCUGAUCCAUUACAGCCUACAUUACCACGAACAAGUGCUAGCGAACCUGCUCCUCUUCGGCCUCUCGACCAUCGGCGGCUCGUACAUGGUCUACAUCAUGAACCGACUCUCCUACCUCCUCGUCAUGCGUCGCGUCCCCCCGCUUGGCGCUCUGUGGAUCUACGCCGUCGUCCGCAUGCAUCUCUCCCAUGCCGUCCUUAGUCUCCUCCUCGUCGCCCUUUGGGCUUGGAUCAUGAAUCUUAGCUUUUACGUCUAGCGCAACUAUCCUGACUCUUCUCUAUAAUUUAUCUAAAAUUUGAC